CAGUCAAGCAGCUGGUGAGCUAGGUAGAGCAAACGCCGGGUCGCUGACCUGUUUCUAAUCUCAAUUUCCCGGUAAAUUCCUAGGGUUCUCCGUCACUGAGCUUCAGCACUUCAGCAUAUCUCUUAACUUUAUACAUCCAUUGAACCCAAAUUGGAGCUCUGAAUUCAUUACCGCGCACAAUUGCUUUGGACGAUGGCAGUAGAUGAAGAUGCUGGACAAGAAUUCAAACCCGAAAAGAAGAAACCUCUUUCUGAGGAUGAGAAAAGAAGAAAAAAGAUUGUGCCAGGAAGUUUGAUGAAAGCCGUGGUUAGGCCUGGUGGCGGUGAAUCAAGACCUACCGAGGGUGAUCAGGUUGUAUAUCAUUGUUCAGUUCGAACACUGGAAGGAGUUACUGUUGAGUCGACACGGUCAGACCUUGGAGGUAAGGGUAUCCCAAUAAGGCAUGUUUUGGGGAAGAGCAAGAUGCUUCUGGGGUUACUCGAAGGAAUUCCCACAAUGUUUAAGGGUGAAAUUGCAGUGUUCAAGAUGAAACCAGAAAUGCACUAUGGGGAGGAAGAUUGUCCAGUUUCAGUUUCUGACAGCUUUCCAAAGGAAGAUGAACUUCAUUUUGAGAUUGAACUUAUAGAAUUCUCUAAAGUCAAGGUUGUCAGUUCUGAUCUGGGAGUCUUGAAGAAGGUUCUUGAAGAAGGACAGAGUUGGGAAUCACCUAGGGAACCUUAUGAAGUAAAAGCCCGGAUUUCGGCAAAGUCGGGUGAUGGAAAAGUGAUUCUGUCUCAUACUCAGGGUGAACCAUAUUCCUUUACUUUUGGUAAAUCUGAGAUACCAGUAGGUCUUGAAAUGGGAAUAGGAUCAAUGACACGGGGAGAGAAAGCAGUGGUUUAUGUUACACGUCAAUACUUUAGUCAAUCUCCUCUAAUGGCUAUAACAGAAGACAUUGAGGAAAUUCAUUUUGAGGUGGAGCUUGUCCACUUCAUUCAGGUACGAGAUGUGCUUGGAGAUGGACGCUUAAUUAAACGUCGCAUUCGUGAUGGAAGAGGUGACUUUCCUAUGGAUUGCCCUCUCCAGGACAGUCUUCUGCAUGUCCACUACAAGGGCAUGCUUCUUAAUGAAGAAAAGACAGUCUUCUAUGAUACAAAAUUUGACAACAAUGGUCAGCCUUUGGAGUUCAGUUCUGGAGAGGGACUUGUUCCUGAAGGAUUUGAGAUGUGUGUUCGUCUGAUGUUGCCAGGAGAGAUUGCUCUUGUCACAUGCCCUCCUGAUUAUGCUUAUGAUAAAUUUGAAAGGCCUGCUAAUGUUCCUGAAGGUGCCUAUGUCCAGUGGGAAAUUGAACUUCUAGAUUUUAAUACACAGAAGGAUUGGACUGGCUUCGAUUUUAGAGAAAUAAUGGAAGAUGUUGAGAAGAUUAAAGGCACGGGAAACAGGCUGUUUAAGGAAGGAAAGUUUGAACUUGCAAAGGCAAAAUAUGAGAAGGUUCUUCGUGAAUUUAAUCAUGUUCAUCCUCAAGAUGAUGAAGAGGGAAAGGAAUUCUCUGAAACCAGGAAUUUGUUGCAUCUUAAUGUUGCUGCCUGCUAUCUGAAGAUGGGAGAGCACAGAAAGUCAAUAGAGGCAUGUAAUAAGGUGUUAGAUGCGAAUCCUGUUCAUGUCAAAGCAUUUUAUCGACGUGGAAUGGCUUACAUGGCAGGUGGAGAUUUUCAGGAAGCAAGGGAUGAUUUUAACAAGAUGAUGAGCAUUGACAAGUCAUCUGAGACAACCGCGAAGGCAGCUCUCAUGAAACUAAAAAAGGAGGAACAGGAAGUCCACAGAAGAGCUCGUAAGCAAUUUAAAGGGCUGUUUGACAAAAGACCUGGAGAAAUCGCAGAAGUUGAUACCAGCGAAACCGAUGCCAUGGAUGCAAAUGCAAGUGAAAAUCACGAAGACAACAACGAAACCAGAGGCUUACUUACCACUGAAGAUAGUAUGAAUGAGACAGAUGCGGUUCCACCUGGCACGAGUAUUUUGUCCAAGCUUAGAAGGCUCUUUGCAUCUUUUGGCCUAAACAGAUGUGCCAUCUUGUGAGUGGGCUUUAGGCCAGCUGAAUUGCCCUUGUUAUGACUCCUCAACACGUCAAAGUGCGUGGGUAGUUUUCUUACUUUUCUGUCAUCAUUCAUGGUGAAAAAAGCUCGAAUCUGUAAACUCCCACACACUACCUUUUUUGAACCAAUGGAACUUGGAAAUCACAGAAUAACAGAAAUAAAAACUCAAAUUAUGUGUCCCGGUACUCUUUUUCUAAUUGAAAAGAUAUGCGCUAUAGUGCUUAAUAUUCUUGAAA